AUGUCUACACCAUCAUCACCGCUUAGUUUGGAUGCUAAAACAAAAUUCCAGCAGCUAUGGGCUCAGUUUGGCACAGCAUUCAUGGAGGAACCAAUGCUUCGCGACCAUUCCAAACGCGUCGAGGACCUUGUUCGCGAAAAUGAGCGCCUUCGCUUAGAGAUCUCAUCGACUAAAGCCGAACAAACAAAGCAAUCGUCCGAGCAUAAGCUAACUGCCGAGGAGCUGGAAAACUUACGGGAGGAAGUUAACCACGAAGUCAAAAGUGGCAUCGAAAGAGUCCAGGAGAGGAACGUAGCGCUAGCAAGAAGAGAGAAAGAAGUUAUCGUCUUGAGAAGGGAGAUCAAAGGACGGGAAGCUAUCUGGGCGCAGGAGAGACAGAAGUACAAACAUACCAUCCGACUGUUGAGGGAUGAAUUGGAAAGUCAGAAUGUUGCUCAUGAUAGACUCAGGAAGAACGUUGCUGUUCUGACCGGUGAUUAUGAUGCUAGCGGGGAUGAGUAUGAUGAAGAAGAGGAAGAAGAGCUGGCUAAUCAGGCGGAGCUGCAGUUACAAGCCGAGAGGAGCUUACAAGCUGGUGCGUCCUAUAGGAGAGCUAGUCGGCGUCUACAAGUCGAGGAGACCCCUGGAGUUGAAGAAGCUAAUAACACUGGGGAACCCGAGGAGGAGGAAGAGGAAUACGAAUACUACGAGGUCGAGAAUGAACAAGGCGAAGAAGGGGAGGAGGCCGAAUUGGGAGGCGACGAGGAGGAGGAUGAGGAUGAGGAAGCCGAAGAAGAGGAAGCUGAAGAGGAGGGGGACGCCGAACAGGACGAAAACGACGUCGAACCCGAGGAAGAAGAAGCAGAAGCUCCGGAGGAACAACAGGCCGAAGAACCCGAAGAAGAGCAGCCGCUUCGACGCUCCACCAGAAUCCGACACUCCGAGGCAGCAGCCGUGGUCGAACCCAUCAAUGGCAAUGAAACUGUCGAGCUAAUCGGUACUAAACGUGGACGCGACCAGUCUAGCGAUAUAGCAACCGUCGACGGUGCGAACAGAAUUCCCGACCGCCAGGCGGAAUACAAUGGAGUACCUCCGACUCAAGCAGAGGCCACAGAAGCCUCAGAUAGUGCGGAGCGCCCUGCGAAGCGCACACGGCGCCAGACAGAGCGGUAUAGCAAUGCUCUAGAAUCAAACAAGAACUUUGCUAAGAUUAUGACCCCACCAGCCACCUCUCCACCAUUUCUUCCAUCCGUCCUACCACGUAGGCGAUCCCCUGCUCGAAAGCCCACCACGCUCUCGCAAACAUCCACCCCUGUCAAUCGCCGUGGGCCCAAGCGAGGUGCGGCUGCAGCGGCUGCAGCAGCACAAGCAGCCGUCCAACCAUCCCCUGCCAGUGCCCCUCCAAAGGUAAAGGCUACACAAACUACUAAAUCUCCAGCAAAGGCCCCUGCCAAAUCUCCAGCUAAGGUUUCAGGGAAAACCCCAUCAAAGGGGGCGAAAUCACCAGCAAAAUCUAACAAAUCCCCGCGAGUCACCAAGAAGACUCCUCAAAAAUCACCUUGGGCUGCCUACCCCAAAAAGAUGUUCGAUUUCACUCUUAUCUCCGGAUUCAAGCACGGCCGAAGUCUCCUGGUCGACGACGAGAAGAUUCGUGAACAAAUGCAAGGACUCCUCCCCAAAACGACGGAACGUAUCCGCGAAGUUGCGGUUACGCCGGGUUUCUGGAGAUCCUACGCCCAUAAACGCAACCUCCAACGCAAGGAGCAGGGGUUGAGCCCGCACUGCGCAUUUACUAGUCAGUAUCCGCUCGGUAGCGAAGAAGUUGAGACGGAAAAUCAGUGGGUCGACGGAGAGGAUUUUGCUUGUUCGAACUGUCUCAGAGAAGGAAUUGUUUGCUUCACAGUCGGCGAAAGACUGGAUACAGAAAAGUAUGGGGCGGUCUACAGACCCCCCAAGAGGUCUUAA